UUAAGACCCUAUAAAUUGUGCAUUAAUGUUAGUAUUCAACUUUCAUCUCACCAAAACAUUCAAGAGAUCGAGUAAUUAAGUGAAAAUAUGGGUGGAACUUUAUGUGUGAGAAGAAGUGUGUUGCUGAUGAUGAUUCUGAAUAUUGUAGUACUUGUAGUGCAGGCUGAUGAUCCUCCCACUCUCUCUCUCCCUCCCUCUUCCAUUUUAACUGUGCCUGAUCACUUUCCCUCUCCCUCUCAACAAGAUCAUACCCCUGAUUGGCAUGACCGUUCUCUUAAGUUGAUCAGGCUUUGCGAUAAAAUCACAAGUCCCAAGGUGUUAACAAAACUAGGAUGGGGAUGGGGUAUGUUCAAAGGUUGCGUGCUUCUCCUACAUAAACUACUUUGCAAAUUUCCCUCAGAUAUUUCCUAUGAUUGUGUUGUUAAUCCUGUCAGAUUCCCAAGCAAAGCUGUUGCUUUUGAAACAGGGAAAGCAAAAGAUUACGUGGAAUCAAACUUCAACAAUUGCAAUAAGAAUUAAUUAUUAGCUUAAUGCUUAAUGUUACUUAUUAGAUUAUUACCUCUUUCUAGUUGUAUGACAACUUUUCUAUUCUCAAUAGUAUUUACUUUAAUGAAUAUAUUAAAAAUAAACGUUACUAUGUACGUAAUAAGCGAAUAAAAUAUUUUAGAAAUUAGCCAUUUCGUAGAA